AUGGCAGAACCAGAUAUCAUUUCUCUUGAUGAAAGCUACGAGGAGUGCCCCCAGGAAGCUCGUUUUGUUCUGGUGGGCAAGAUCCUUGCGUCCAAAGUUCUUAAUAAAUCGGGGGUUCAAAAAAUCAUUGAGAAAGCGUGGCGUACGGAGGAGGAAUUUUCUAUUUCUCCUUGGAGGGAUAACGUUUAUGCUUUUGGUUUUAAGAACGAAGAUGAUCUUUGUCGUAUCAUCAGUAAAAGUCCUUGGUCUGUUAUGGGGUCUAUCCUUAUUCUGAGAAAAUGGGAUAAGAAGAAAUCUUUUAGUGAGCUGGACUUCAGAUUCAGCCCUUUCUGGGUUCAGAUCCAUGGUCUUCCUCUAAGGUUUCUAAACGUUAAAACAGGGUCGGCGAUAGCAGAGUCGUUUGGGGAUGUAAUAGCUGUUGAGGAUCCAAGCGAGAGGGGUAGAUUGGUAAACUAUCUGAGGAUUCGAGUUUGGUUGGAUGUAUCAAAACCUUUGAAGAAGGGGUUCUUCCUGCGAAGGCCCAAGGAAGAUGAUAUUUGGGUUAGUUUCAAAUACGAGAGGCUGUCCGACUUUUGUUAUGGGUGUGGCAAGAUUAGUCACAGGGUGAAUGAAUGUAAGGAGAGAUGCAGUUUUGUAGCUAAGGAUUGGGUCUACGAUAGUGGCAUUCGAGCAGAGGUCGCGGUAGUAGAUACCAUUCAAUAUGGAGAUAAACCUCUGCCGAGGUUGGUUUAUCCAGAGAGGAAGAAAAGUGCUGUCAGCAUAGAUGAAGGCGGCGCGUGUUCUGAGGUGGAAAGGGAGCGCGUGAAGCAGUCUGGCCAGAAUAUUCCAGUAGAUGAUUUGGUGGUGAAUCAGGGGAGUAAGGGAGUGGAAUGUGCCGCUCGCACGAACUUUCUGGGGAGUGCCACGUUGCAAGCUAGGAGCCCUGUGGUCGAAAGUUUGUCGGGUAGCUCAUCCUCAUCAGGUAUUCCUUUUGACUGUGGGCCUCAUCUUUCCGUGGGUAAAGAGGUGGUGGGCCUUUCUCUGGUUUCAAAAGCCCAUGUCUCUCUAGAGGAACAAACCAGGGAAAGAGCCCAUUAUUUUGUAGAAGAGCCUGAUAGCCCAAGAAGAAUAGUAAUUAACAAGGACCCUGGUCCAGUUGAGGAUACUCUCUCCAGGCCUUUACAACUUGGAUAUGUAUCUAGGGCCUCUCUAGUCUUUGGGCUGGGAUGUUCAGAAAAGGCUAUCGAUGAAGGUCUCACUAAUGCAUUUAGUAAGUCUCUGAGCUUGAAGAGAAAGUGUGAUUAUCUUUCUGGUGAAGAAAAUGGGGGGAAGAGGGUGAAGAGAAGUACGAGUGGUGAGAUUGAGAACGCAGAUCGAGACAAAGGGGAUUCUGUGCUGGGGAGGAAGAGAUUCUCGCCCACCCCUUCCCGAGCUAGGGGGAGGAGAGGAAGAGGCAGUCGAGGAAGGAGUGCAAAAAGAGGAUUGAGCAGGAAAUGA